UCUGAUUUAAAAACUUGUUAAAAAAGUCACUAAUUUUUGCUACCAAGAAAUAUAAAAAGGGAUUUUAGUUUGGUGAAUAUCUUUGCGAUUUCUCGGCCAUUUUCGCCAAACAGCUAUCUUCACUUUGUCUUUUUCUUCAUCAUCUUUCUCUCUCAAUCUAAAAACUACAUAGACCAUAAAAUGGGGAACUUGUUGUGCUGUGUUCAAGUUGACCAAUCGACGGUUGCUAUUAAGGAGAGCUUCGGAAAAUAUAAUGAUGUGCUCGAGCCAGGGUGCCAUUGUGUUCCUUGGUUCAUUGGCCAACAGAUAGCAGGCAAGCUUAGUCUUCGUGUACAACAGUUGGAUGUACGCUGUGAAACCAAGACCAAGGACAAUGUGUUUGUCACUGUUGUUGCUUCUAUUCAAUAUCGAGCCCUUUCUGACAAGGCAAAUGAUGCAUUUUACAAGCUCACCAACACUCGAUCCCAAAUCCAGGCCUAUGUUUUCGAUGUGAUCAGAGGAACUGUACCAAGGCUAGAUGUUGAUAAUGUGUUUGAGCAGAAGAGUGAUAUUGCCAAAGCAGUUGCUGAUGAACUCGAAAAAGCAAUGUCUCAUUAUGGGUUUGAAAUUGUUCAAACACUCAUUACUGAUAUUGAACCUGAUGAGCAUGUCAAGCGCGCUAUGAAUGAAAUCAAUGCUGCUUCAAGAAUGAGGGUGGCAGCAAAUGACAAAGCCGAGGCAGAGAAGAUCAUACAGAUCAAAAAAGCUGAAGGAGAGGCAGAGUCCAAGUACCUUUCAGGACUGGGUAUCGCUAGGCAGAGGCAGGCAAUCGUUGAUGGUCUUAGAGACAGUGUGCUAGGCUUCUCAGGCAACGUUCCUGGGACUAGUGCCAAGGAUGUUAUGGACAUGAUCCUUGUCACACAAUACUUCGAUACAAUGAAAGAAAUCGGUGCAGCCUCCAAGACAUCAGCUGUGUUUAUCCCUCAUGGACCCGGUGCUGUACGUGACGUUGCAACACAGAUCAGAGAUGGACUGCUUCAAGGACAAGCAUCAUCAUCUCACUAAUAAUCAAUCGCGUUGUGAUGCAGAUAUGGUUAAUUAAAUUGUUCUUCUGCAGGGAAACUUGAGUUGUGACGGUUAAUUUCAUUCCUUCUUUUCAAUGUUUGCUUGUGUGAGAGUAGUUGCUUGUUAGUAGCUUUCAUUGGAAAACAACUACUGGUGUGGUUAUGUAGUUAUGUACUGUCAUUUGCUUAUUUGAGUUGGUGUUGACUCAAUUAUUAUAUAAUUAUGAACGAAAUUCGGAAAUUGUAUUGAAUUUGUACAUAAAGCUGUUACCGGUUAUGUAUGUAGAGUUAAUUGAAUACUUGUGAGAUUUAAUCAGCUAAUCAUGCAAUUCAAAAA